AUGUCUCGUCUAGUAUUUGCCUUGCUUUCCUUAUUUGCCUUUACAAUCCCUCUGGAAGCAAAAUGGAAACUGAGGGAAAAUGUUUAUGUCAUAGAGUCCGAAUGGAGUGAUGAGGCACCAGCCAAACAUGUGGAGCUUACAUGCAAUGUAUCUGAUAACCAAGCCACCUCUGUCUACUGGAUGAAGGACAUGGAAAUAAGAGGACAUGGCAAGACAUUGAUCACUGAAGUCCAGGAGCUCCCAGAUGCUGGCAACUAUACCUGUCAGAGUACUGAUACACAUGAGGUCCUCAGCUACAGUUUUCUUCUAAUUACUAAAAAAGAUUCAAAUGGUGAAAUGAUCAAGUCAAUUCUGAAAAGUUUUAAAGAGCCAAACAGGACCUAUCUAAAAUGUGAGGCAAAGAAUUACUCAGGGAUUUUCAUAUGCUGGUGGAUGACAGAAAAGGAGAGUCCAGAUGUGAGCUUCACAAUCAAGAAUCUAAAAGGAUCUGAAGGAGAUGUAACCUGUGGCAACCCUGAGAUUCAUCAGAAUGGAUUAGUGACAGUAUAUUCAUCCCAGUGCCAGAAAGAAAACCACUGCCCCUUUGCUGAGGAACACCAGCCCAUUGAAAUGUUCCUGGAGGUUAUUGAUGAUAUAGAAUAUGAAAACUGUUCUACCAGCUUCUUCAUUAGAGAUAUCAUAAGACCUGAUCCUCCUCAGUGUCAGUAUCUAGCCAAAGACAACAAAGUGACUUGGAAAUACCCCAAAACAUGGAGUACACCAGAGUCUUACUUCCCUUUGACGUUUAGAGUCAAAACUGAAUCUGCAAAAAAACACACAAAUAAAGUGGAGUUUUAUGAUACUGAUGAAUAUUUUAUGAAUCUCCCGGAGACUAGCACCCCGGACAAGAUCUUCGUUCAGGCCAGGGAUCGGUAUUACAACUCAUCUUGGAGUGAUUGGUCUUUACCAUGCAGUUAUCAAUAA